AUGUCGACUACGUUUGGCAAGGUGUUGGAUACUUGUCGGAAUAAAUGUAUUCCUGCUGAAUACGGUGAAAGUGAAUUGAAUACCGGCGAACAGUGUUGUAUUGAUAGAUGUGUUGCCAAAUAUGUCAAAGCAAAUGCCUUUAUUGGUACCAAUAUAGAGAGAAAAGGGUUUAAUCCAAAUUAUAGUAUGCCAGAAUACCAAAAAGUCAAUAGUAUGUUGGCGGAGGCAGAACGAAAACAGAAAUGA